AUACGAGACAAAUAUUGGAACGUUUGAAUUGCGUGAUCCGUAAAAGGAACUGCGAAUGCAAUAGAAACGGAGGUGUCAGCGAAAUUGCUAAUCGAUGCCACGUUCCAUAAUUUUCGACGCCACGCGAAAUUAUUUCGCGCUCGAACCUCGCCGUGGCAACAACCAUGCUCCUCCACGUCCCCUUCGUAAUAUUUUUCGCGACAAGUUGCUUGUCCAUUCCAUCGCCUAUCCCAGAAAUACCCUCGUUCUUGAAGAUAUGCCAUCAAAGUGAUCCGCAUCUUAGCGACUGUAUAAAGGAGAGUGUCAAUUCCUUGAAACCGUAUCUAAGGAAAGGUAUACCGACUCUUGGAAUACCAAAGUGUGAACCACUCCACUUGGACGAGAUCGAGAUCGAUCAAUCUUCCGGUCCGAUCUACAUCCGGGCGAUCUACAACAACGUGUCCAUAUUUGGAGGAACUAAUUUCGUACCUAAGAGUAUCAGACUCGACUUGGAUAAAAACGUGAUACGAUUGAAACUCUUCAUCCCACGAUUGGAGAUGGUGUCGAAUUACGUGAUGGAUGGUAGAAUCAUGAUGCUAUCGAUCACGGGGAACGGGUUGGGACACGGAAACUUCACCGACAUCGACGUAAUUGUCACGAUACAGAUGGAGCGGUAUCUGAACGAGAGGACAGGCUCGAUUCAUCAGGCUGUCGACGAUAUUUACGUAGAUUUCGAGAUCGGGCAUGCCACGGUGCACUUGGACAAUUUGUUCGACGGUGACGAAAUGUUGUCUGGCGCUAUGAAUCUUUUCCUCAACGACAAUUGGAACACGAUUAUCGCCGAGAUUAGACCGAAAUUAGAGGAGACUAUAGCCAUGCUUAUCAUGAAAUUCACGAACACGAUUUUCUCCGUGUUUCCGGAAAAUGUGUUGUUGCCACCUUAGAAGUGAUGUAAUAGUUUAUUUUUUCUUUUUUCUUUUUUUUUUUUUGUUAAUGUUUAUAUUUGUAAGAAAUUUGUUUUAUAAAUUUUUGUAUUUUAUACUUAAUUAAUUGUAUACAAUAUAUUUUAUAUUUUAUACAA